AUGGAAAGCUUUCGACUGUUAUUUCUCUUCAACAAAGCGGUAGGCUUCGGUGCCUACACCUUUCGUCAUGUCGCCGCUCGGAAAGAGGACGGAUCGACGGUUCCUAUCUGGUCCCGGUCCGGUUUGGUAUUACUAGCGGCUCAUUCAGCAGUCUAUGCCUAUCUCGCUUAUUGGAAUUUUCAUGCUCCUUACGUCGAAAGUGGCUCUACACUUAUGAAAGUUACCGGUCUGGUAAUUUUACAAGUCGGAUAUGUUUCGAUGCUGGGGGCACUCAUUCUUCGGUUGACCAGGAGAAGCCUUCUGGGGGCAAUAUUGAACCGUCUUCGGUGGAUCGAUUUGCAAAUGGCAGCUCUAGGCGUUCCCAUCAAUCAUGGGGAUGAAAGACGCCUGCUGGUGGUUUUGAUGAGUUCAUGCCUGAUAUUUGUGACGAUUGCCACUUUCGGCGCUUUACUGCUACUGGGAAGCCUGCGAGAUGCGUUUACCAUUUACAAUGGCAAGGUGUACAUGAGCUAUUCGGCAGCUGUCCUGGCAACCAAUGCAUUUGCUUUGAUUUUUGUGUUACAUCGGAGAAUGCGGUUUUUGGAAAGCUCACUGAGGAAAGACUUGAAUGUGCCAGCUCAGGAAGCUACAAUUUACUCUCAUUCAAAACUAUUGCAUACGCGCAUCUCUUCUGUAGCAUUAAUUUACGCCGAUUUGUACAAGCUCUCUGGCAAUAUCAGUAAAUUGAUUUCUGCAGAGCUUCUGCUAUACUGCACUAUAGUUCUAAUUUAUGGAAUCUUAUCCUUGUUCGCCAUUUACCGAGCUAUUCUGACCGGCAAGUACAGCAACAUCGCGAACAGUGGAAUGCACGUAAUCUGGUGGGCUGAAUAUUGUGCUGCAGUUCUGGUGAUUCUUAUUUAUGGCAACAACACACUGCAGGGCUCGGAAGCUGUGCUUUCACUAUUGGGAGUGUCCAUUUCCCGGCAGGCCGACGAGAUGGUAGUUGUUAAGAUCCGCGCAUUGAUGCUCCAAAUCAAGCACAAUACUCCAAAAAUUACAACCUGGUUCUACGAUAUUAACUUGACAAUCAUUGGUACAAUGACAACUUUUCUGUUCGUGAUGAUUCAGUUCGAUGCUUAA